CCAUCAUCCUUCAGUAGAAUGUCGCUGCAAGACCUCGUUGGAGGCGAGUGCGGCGCUCCGAAUCCGCUCAUGCAGCUGCUCCAGCACUUUACCGACGACAAGUCUCGAAUGCAGGAGCGGGCUUCGUCGGCGCACCAGCGCGAGUAUGGCGCAAGCUCGAGUCGCGGGCACCAGCAGCAGCACGUCCCACCGCACCAACGAGCAGCAGAGGCCAUGCUCCGCCAGCGCCAGGAAGACCUGCGACUGCUGCGCCGUGGCAUUGUGCCGCCGUCGAUGGCUGGCUUGGCUCCGGUGACGACUCAAUCGCCGCACCAGCACCAGCCGUACAUGGGAGGAGCGGUCAACCCGGACGCCUUCCAGUUUGACCAGGUCUGGGGCAGCCUCAAUGAGAUUGAGCAGGCGCAGUGGCAGGCCGAGUUCGAGUCGCACGAAGGGAUGGCUGCCGCGUUCGAGACGGCCUGGCACGUCGAGCAGCACCGUCAAAUGGACAUGCACAUGCGAAACAAGCAGCUAGAGCAAGGACACCACCACCAGCAGCAGCACAAUGUGGCUGCCGAGUCGGCAUCCCGCGCGCCAAUUCGCAAGGCUUGGGAGGAAGAAUUCUCAAAGCAGAGCGAGACGUUCGACGAGUUUGAGCGUCUCUAUGCAUCAAGUAGCGGCAGCAGCUCGAGUGCGAGUCAUCAAGCAAGACCGGCCGAUGCCGUUGGAUCGUGGCUGAAUGACUUUGACGAAGGCACAACCUACCAGGCACCCGAGGCUGCAACUUCUACUUCGGCUCAGUCAUCGUCCACCGCGGCGGCAGAUGCUGCAGAUUCAGAGCUCGCUCGGACGGCACGAUCCCUCCUGUAUGAUGUAAAUGAUCCCAAGUUGAAAAACUCGCGAUUCAUGGGCUUCCUGCGCCGAAUUGCCGGCGGAGAGCUCGAAGUCGUGGACAAUGAAGUCCGCGAGACUGGCAAAACGGCGGCGGCAGCAGCGGCGGAAGGCAGUGCUGCACAGGGCGAUUGGGCCGCCGAGUUUGGGGCUGGUGCGCAUCCAGGCAAAAGCCGUGAUGCAUGGGCCGAUGAAUUUGCUCCCGCCGCCCCAAGGGGAGACGUCGAAGCGGACUCGGGAUUUGCCGAUUGGGCCGCGGAAUUCUCUCAAAAGGCGAAAGGCAAGCAGCCAGCGGGGCGUGACUCGGCCUUCGACGAAGAAGAUACGGUGGAUCUGGAUGACCAGGACAUGGAGUGGCUCAAGUCCUUCAGCGAGUCUGACGAAUGGGCCAACCUGCAUGGCGCCGCGGGCUUUGAGGCAACCAAGAGUCAAGAGUGGGAGGAUGAAUUCUCAGUCAUGCGAGAUCGGUUGCUCAACAAGCAGACUGGCCAAGAGUACGGCGGGGAGAACGGCUUGGCCUCCGAUGCCACGCGUUCCCGAACAAACUACCAGUUUGCGUCGGACAACCCAUUUGUCAACCUCCCCAAUGCGAUGGAGGAAGGCCGCAAGCUCCUCGCCAACGGCGACCUCGCAGAGGCCAUUUUGGCGUUCGAGGCGGCUGCGCUCCGAGAUCCCGGGAGCGCCGAGGCGUGGCUCCUCAUUGGCACGAGCCAAGCAGAGAAUGAACAAGACCUGGCGGCCAUUGCAGCACUGCGCAAGUGCACCGAGCUGGAUCGGACCAACCCUGCGGCAUGGCUUGCGCUUUCUGUCUGCUACACGAACGAAUCGCUUUUUGACGACGCGUACGCGUCUCUUGAAUCGUGGAUUGACUCGAGUGACCGAUACCGCCAUCUCCUGCAAGAAGUCAAAACGGAUGACAUUGCGGAUUCGCCAGAGUCGGAAGAGGCCGUUCAGAUGUUCCUGCAAGGCGUUCGUCCCGUUUCCCCGCGCCACAAGCGUAUUUGCAACGUCCUGAUUGCAGCUGCACUCCAGGGGCCUGCAGCAGACACUGGCGCACAUCUCGAUGCCGACGUGCAGAACGGCCUUGGCGUCUUAUUCAACAUUUCUCGGGAAUACGACAAGGCCGUUGAUUGCUUCCGAGCUGCACUCGAGACGCGGCCUGAUGACUUUAACCUUUGGAAUCGGCUCGGUGCCACACUUGCAAAUAGCACGCAGAGCGAAGAGGCCGUCCAUGCCUAUUUCAGCGCCCUUCGACUUCGACCAGGGUUUAUUCGAGCCCGGUACAACUUGGGUAUUAGCUGCAUCAAUCUGAAUGCUUACAAGGAAGCCGUUGAGCACUUUUUGUCCGCCCUCGCCAUGCAAAAAACGCACUCGGCGUCGCACAGCCACAUGUCCGACAGCAUUUGGAACACGCUCCGAAUGACUGCGGUGCUGAUGGCACGAGGCGAUCUGCUCGAAGCCAUUGAGCGUCGCGAUUUGGAGGCCUUCCAAGGGCAGUUUGAUUUCUGAGAUGUCUGCAACCUCGAUCAUGAAUGGGAAUCUGUUGAAGGUGAAAGUCGAUUUUGUUCUUUUCGUUCCAUUGAUACACUUCUGCAACAUCCGACAAAUGCGCGAGGGCUGGGAAGUUCAAGUUCGACCCAGCACGCUUGCCCAAGAUGUGAUAUUUGAAAGGCUCUACGUCGGGUACAUCUAAGAGCCAUCUUUGCAAAGCACAGCUUU